GCCCAUUGAAUGCUUUGGGUCAUCACUAGAAAAACAAAUAUGGCGGAACCGUGCGUAAAAGUAAAAAAAGUGUAAAAUUUUGCUGUUUAACCGACUCUCAGGAAAUAAUUUCGCAUUGAAACCGCGGAAGAAAGCUGCGCAGUUCGUUAAAUAGAAAUCCUAACCUCGCGCAAACGGGAAAUUUGUGCGCCGCGCGCUAAAGUUUUUUGUGAACUGCAAUGCAAUUUGGCCACCAAUUUGUUAUUACGUGACCUUAAAAACGCCGCAAAAUUUGCCAGGCCAAAUCGAAACACAUCCCUUGCGUGCGGACAGUGUGAAAAGGACUCGCAAUUGGCAGCAAGGGACUCCACUCCAGGCAGCCGCAAUGCGACUUGUCAGCCGAUCUGCAGUAAAUGAGUUCGAGUGCGCUGAAAUCGAGUUAAACCGCUGCAGAGCCAUCGCCUGAGAUGCCAAGGGGCUUGCCGGCGGGAAACAGCAAGUGCAUCAACUAGGACACCCCCAAAGGAGCCAAUAGAGCCAUGUCGGGGGGACGCGACAGCAGCACCAGCAGCGGGAGCAACUCCGCCGCCGCGGGCGCUAGCGUCAAUGCCUCCGCCUCCGCCUCCGCCUCCUCUUCAUCCACACCGGCAUCCUCCGCCAGCGCCGCCUCGCCCCCCUCCCUGCAUCGACCACGGGGAAGGCCUGCCAAGCGGGCCACUUGCACCUGGUGCGGCGAGGGCAAGCUGCCGCUGCAGUACGUCCUGCCCACGCAGACGGGCAAGAAGGAGUUCUGCUCGGAGACCUGCAUUGCCGAGUUUCGCAAAGCGUACAGCAAGGGGGCGUGCACGCAGUGCGACAACGUUAUCCGCGACGGGGCGCCCAACAAGGAGUUCUGCUCGAUCAUGUGCAUGAACAAGCACCAGAAGAAGAACUGCUCCACCAGGCACAGCGGCGGAUCGGGAUCGGCCAAGGGGCUGGCGGAGAACGAGCGCAAGUUACUGGCCAGUGGAGCGCCCGCGCCGACGGGGCCAUUCCAAUAUGAGAGCUUUCAUGUAUUCGACUGGGAUGCCUAUUUGGAGGAAACGGGUAGCGAAGCUGCUCCUGCAGAAUGUUUCAAACAGGCUCAAAAUCCUCCCAACAAUGACUUCAAGAUCGGUAUGAAACUGGAGGCCCUCGAUCCGCGCAACGUCACUUCCACCUGCAUUGCCACCGUGGUUGGAGUGCUGGGCUCCAGGCUGCGGCUACGUUUGGACGGAAGUGACUCACAGAAUGACUUCUGGCGGCUGGUGGACUCCACCGAAAUCCAUGCCAUUGGGCACUGCGAGAAGAACGGCGGCAUGCUGCAGCCGCCGUUGGGAUUCCGCAUGAACGCCUCCAGCUGGCCCGGCUAUCUGUGCAAGAUCCUGAACAAUGCCAUGGUGGCGCCGGAGGAGAUCUUCCAGCCAGAGCCGGCUUCGCCGGAGGAAAACUUAUUCAAGGUGGGCCAGAAAUUGGAGGCGGUUGACAAGAAGAACCCGCAGCUGAUUUGCUGUGCAACCGUGGACGCCAUUAAGGAUGAUCAGAUCCACGUGACCUUCGACGGCUGGCGGGGUGCAUUUGACUACUGGUGCAAUUACCGAUCGCGUGACAUAUUUCCUGCCGGCUGGUGCGCCAGGAGCUGUCACCCCAUGCAGCCGCCGGGCCAUAAAUCACGCAUGGACUCCAGCUCCGGGAAGCAGCGAUGCCCGCGUCCCCGCUACACAGUGGUAGCCGAAUCGGAGGCUAUGGUUCCCGCUUCUCCAGCCACCGCCCACUUUCAUCCGAACUGCAAGGGCGGUCCGUUCAUCAACAACUCGAAGCUGCCGUGCAUGGUGACAGGGCCAACCUACCAAACGCUGGCGAAGCUGUGCCUGCAGGAGGUUUUGGCAGCCAGCACGGAUACGCAGCAGCUCUCCAAGCUACUGUUUGCCCUGGAAGGAGACGUUCACAUCGUAACGGCAGCGGGAAAAAAUUUUACAGUUAAAAUACCCUCGCCAUUGCGCAUGAAGGAUGACGAGAGCCUGGCCCAAUUCAUAGAGACAUUGUGCACUACAUGCCGGGCAUGUGCGAAUCUCAUCUCCCUGGUCCACGAGACGGAGGAGUGCAAGAAGUGCACCAACAGUCGGAAGCGCCAGCUGACCCAGUCAGCCACCCCGCCCUCCUCGCCUGUGCUCGCCGACAAGCGGAAUCGUCAGUCCAACUCUGCAACGACUCCACCCUCUGAGAAGAUCAUCAAGCAGGAGGUGGGUGCUAAGUCGCCGGUGGAGACCAAACCAAAAACACCAACGAAUAAUGGCAAGGAACCACCUGCGAACCACCAGAACAACCACAGUCUCAACAACAACAACAGUGCCAGUAAGCCGUGCACCAAGGUGGUCAUCAAGACGGAGCCCAACGGUGUGGCAGCCCAGACGUCCUCCACAACGCAGGCUCUGCGUAAAGUACGCUUCCAGCACCACUCAAACAGCAAUAGCAUUGUGGCCAAUGGAAGCCCGGACGCGAACCAGACCACUCCCGUUUCCACUAGCCAUUGCAGCGGCUCAUCCACAUCCUCCAGCACAAGCUUGGCCGGGGGAUCGGCCAACGCCAGCUCGAUUGGCAAAUACCUGGCGCCACUGGUGGCCGAAGUGCAUCCGGAGCAGGUCAACGUGAAGCCCUCGAACACAUACUACAAGAGUCCGACGACGCUCUCGUCCAGCGCCUCGUUGCCCACAUCCGUGUCCACGCCUUUUACGGGCUGCCAGUCAGCCUCGUCCACUGCACUGGCUGCAGGCGGAGUUACGGCGGCCAAGGCGGCCACCGCGCCGGCCGGGGCAGCGGCAACUGCGGCAGCUUCCACGAGCUAUACAGCGAUUACCUCACCCCUGAGCACACCCACGUCUGCUUCGGCCAACUCGCAUCUGCGUUCGCAGCCCAUCGACUGGACCAUCGAAGAGGUGAUCCAGUACAUCGAGAGCAACGACAAUUCCCUUGCCGUGCAUGGCGAUCUCUUUCGCAAGCAUGAAAUCGAUGGUAAAGCUUUAUUAUUGCUAAAUUCAGAAAUGAUGAUGAAGUACAUGGGCCUGAAGCUAGGACCAGCCUUAAAAAUCUGCAAUUUAGUCAAUAAGGUGAAUGGUCGUCGAAAUAAUCUGGCACUUUAAAAAAAGCCUCAAACAUUAAGGCAGAGGACUCUGGUUGAGUUGGACUUACAUAGACAUUGUUAACAAAUUAGUACCUCCCAUUAACGUAAAGCAAAGCGAACACGAACUAUAUUCGUAGAUAUGUUAUGUGUUGGCUAUUCAUGAAGAAAAAUCCCUAACCUUAUUUUAUUAUAUCGAUAAUAUACAACAACCGCGCAAAAACGAAUCUAAUCGCGAAAACAUAAAGUUCCCUAUUCGAAACGGUCGCAUAACAAAUUAUAGACAAGCCAUGCUCCGGUUUUCAAAACCGUAAUUAUAGUUUUCUUUAGUUGCUCGUGUUUCUUUUUUUAGAAAACGCCUUAACAAUCGUCAUUAGGUACCUAAAAUUUUUAAAAUUUCUCUACUAUACAAAACAUUUAAUCUAAUACAGUUCUUGUAAGUGAAGACAAGAUACUUUUCUCGAAUUAAGCAUAUUUUGUAAAAUUAAGAGUUUAUUCAAAAUUACCCAGUCAAAAGAGUUUACGCACAAGAUUAAUAUUAGGUUAUGAUCGCGAUUCCUAAAAAAGUGAAGUAUUUUAUUAUUUUGCACCAAAAUUAUUAGUUUUUUUGAAAACUGGAGCUCGGCUGCCAAAAAAGCAAUGCACAUGCAUGAUAUUUAUUACACAUAAACACGCACAUUAGACACCAAAAUCUAUCCAACACAAAAAUGAUAUUUAACGUUAGAAUAGGCGAGAAAACAAACAAAUAUAAAGUGAAUGUACAUAUUUUACAUAUAAUUUUGUAAUUAUGUAUCAAUUGCGUUUCCUAACUAUAACAAUAUUUAAUUAGUCAUUAAAAAGAAUGAUGAUAUAAUUUUCUAUUAAGUUAUUAAAAUUGAAUAUCAAUUUUUAGUUAAAUCAACAGCAGAUUAAGGUAAUUUUUGAAAAUAAGAACCGCUUCCUUUAAAAGUUUUGCAAUAUAUGCGAUAUAAAGAGUAACAUUCGGUCGUGUAAAGUUUUGCAAUAAGUCUCAUUAUGUUUACCCAACAACUUACAAAUACAAAACCUAAAUAGAGCCAACUGUAUAUAUCAUUACGUAAUAAACAUAUUACAAUUUGUUCUAUUUUCAACCGUAA